CAUUUCUGUAAUCAACUUUCUUAAUUUGAAAUGAGAAGUCAAUCGGUCGGGAUGAGCAAAACGGUUUCUUAGUUCGUUAUAAUAUUCUAUGUGAUUUUUUCUUACGUUUUCGUGGAACUUGACAAUUUUUCAUAGUUUUUCAUAGUUUCAUCGAUUUGAAACAAGCAGAUUCAGCUAGCAAAAUGAAUUAUAUUGCUUUCGUUAGUGUGUGCUAUUUAGUUGCAGUGACCACUUCAAUCCUGGCUAUACCAAUCGAUCAACAAAGUGACAUUCAUCAUCGAAAUGUUCGUGACUUAUUUGUAACAACUGGUUGGGGUGGCGCCGGUUUACCAUAUUCCACAUUCUAUAUAACUGGAAAACAACUUAAAGAGAUAAGAAGUGAAACAAAUAGCGAAAAUAAGAAGAGAAAUGUCGACCAUAAUCCGGAAAUUAUAUCCCUGGUUGAGUGUUUGGAAUGUGAUGGGAAAAUGACAGCGACUCAAGAGAAAAAGAAAAAUGAGCGUCGAACAGUACCUCAACUAUUUUCGUCGAGUGGUUGGGGACCAUUGGGACGUCGUCGCCGAUAAGAUAAUGUCCGUUUUCGAAGAUUGAUCUCAUUUUGUUUUAAGUGUUAAUGUUUUGUUUUGUUUAUUUAUUUAAAUUAAUUAGAUUAUAUUGUUUACAAGAAA